UUCUGAUUGGCCAGGCGCAGGGGUUUGUCGAAGAGGUAACCAGGAAGUUUUUCUCAGCUUGAAGGAACAUUGUGACGAACUACAAAGGUUUGCAAGCGCUGAUGAUCAUGUCACUGCAGGGAGAUCCAGUGUAGGAGAUGCGAGCAGCCCUGCGCCUGGCAGUACUGGCAGUCCCUAUGGGUGUGCUGCUGUCCCGCACCAUGGCGUGGAUGUCCAGUGGCAAAACACAUCCAGAGCUCAUCAGCAGGCUGAGGGAUCAUGGGGUGAUCCACAGCGACAAAGUGUUUAAUGCCAUGCUGGGGACAGACAGAGGAAUCUACUCUAAAGACUACCCAUAUGCAGAUUCUCCUCAGUCUAUAGGCUUCAGGGCAACCAUCAGUGCACCACACAUGCAUGCUCAUGCUUUGGAGCUGUUAAGUGACAAACUAGCUGAAGGGGCGUCAGCACUAGAUGUGGGUUCAGGAAGUGGAUAUCUCACUGCUUGCUUUGCAAGGAUGACAGGUCCCAGUGGUAGAGUGGUUGGCAUUGAACACAUUGAUGAACUGGUUCAAAUGUCAAUAAAAAAUGUGCAAGCUGAUGACCCAGAACUGCUCACCUCUGGACGUAUCAAACUAAUAGUGGGAGAUGGAAGGCUCGGCUACCCUGAGGGGGCGCCAUAUGAUGCCAUUCAUGUUGGUGCAGCUGCAGCUACUGUUCCUAAAUCUCUCUUGGAGCAGCUGAAGCCUGGUGGCCGGUUGGUUCUCCCAGUGGGUCCUGACGGUGGCAGUCAGGUGCUUGAACAGUAUGACCGGCAAAGUGAUGGGACCUUUCUCAAGAAAGCUUUGAUGGGAGUGAUUUAUGUCCCUCUGACGGACAGGAGACGUCAGUGGCCUGGAGGUGAGCUCUGACUGCAGUGUGGUUGCCCCUGCAGGAGGUGGCGUUGGUGCUGCGUCUCUGGGGCCCCGUAGUGCUCCUUGUGGAUUCACUGAGCUCCAGUCUUAAUGACCCCCUGCCCUGCUUGGUUGUCACCUAGCAACAUAAAAGGGAGAUCUUGCUCUGUUUGCCUGACCAGAUCGUCUUCCAAGAGCGCUAAAACAGUGAGAGACUGAACGAGUGACCUCUGCUGGACCGCUGACCCAGAAUCCUUUGAGUAAGCUGUAAGGAUAAAGUGGAAGAGAGGUUGUAGGAGAUGUAACUGACUUUUGUAUUAUGUAUGUGUACGUAAGUUCUUUAAUGAAGGAAAAUGCAAUUAUAUGUUGAAAAGCUACUGUAUGUUGAUUUUUCUGGAUGCUAGUGCAGAAUUGAGAUGAAUGGUACAUUUGUUUAUUGUGUGUAAUCUUAAGGGAAUGAAUUGCUUGGUUUUGAAUACAGUUAAUAACAAUACUCAUAAAGGUACUCAUAAAAAUCAACCUGAAAGCCAUGGAAUUUUUAAUGAAAAUGUAGUGAAUUAACAAAGUAAUAUAUAUUUUGGUAAGAUGAACUCCUGACUGGUUUAUUUUACUGUGUAUGUAGAAUAAUAGACUGUUCUGUAAGGCAGAUGAGGCAUUGUGCCAAAAAUUAACAGAUUUUUGUAACCUCCAAGUAUGGCUAAGUGUGUGCUUACAAGAUUUACUAAUAAAAUCAAAUAAGUUGAUACUUAA